AUGGGCGACUGCUGCGAGGUCCAUCAUGAGGAGCCCAAGCAACGGGCACCAAAGCCGAGGGAGGAAGCGCCGAAACCAAAGGAGCCCAAGAAGGAGAAGAUAGACCAGAGUCGGAUCACAGUGCUCACCAUGCUCGAGUCUGUGGGGGCCGGUGACUGGACCAAGGCGCCUGAGGUGACCCUCAUGUUGGAGCAGCGUUCAGGGGAUCGUGAGGUAUGCCGCUCAGCGGCAAAGGCGGCCGAGCGCAUCGCCUGCCAGGAGAAGGGUUUGGACGUGCUGACGGAGCAGGGUGCUGUGCAGCAGCUACUGCAGGUGUGGCAUUCGCAUCGCAACGACACAUCGCUGGCGGUGCACGUGCACAAUGUUGUGGCCCGAUUCUGGGAGCGUGCCAGCAGUGACAAUCAGUGGAUUUGCCUCCCUGCGCAGCAAGCGGCAGGAAAGGCCCUGAUCACAUCUGGCCAGAACGAAUGGUUGGCCGAGGCGCACAAAGCGGCAGUGAAGCUCCACGAAAAGGGCUACACAACGGCGGCCAUGGAAAUGUACCGACAGUGCAUCGAGCAAUUCAACAAGGAUGUUGGGGCAGAGCACCAAUGCACCUUGCAGGCAAAGAACAACUUUGCAGUGCUCCUGGAGGAGUGUCAGCAAUUCCAGGAAGCAGAGAAGCUGCACACGGAGGUUUGCAAGCAGUUCGAGACGAAGUUCGGCGCGGAGCACGGGGAUGUGACUUCUUCGAAGUUCAACCUCGCAGCACUGCGGGCCAAGAUGGGUAAUCUAGAAGAGAGUGAGGCAAUGUACAAGCAGGUGCUGGAGGUGCGAGAGCGCACCCUGGGGCCCCAACACUCCAACACCUUGCGUGCCAAGGCCAACCUCGCGGAUGUGAUCCGCCGGCAGGGCCGGCUCAUGGACGCCGAGCAGAUGCUCAAGAACUUGGUGGACCAGUGCCACAUCUCUUUUGGCCGAGACGAUGCUCACACCCUGAAGGCCCGCUGUCAGCUGGCGCACAUCUUGGCUCAGGGCGAUGAGACUCGCUUCCGUCAGGCGGAGGCUCACCUCAGGGAAGUGGUCUCACGCCGGGAGCAGAAGCUAGGGCCCAGCCACCCAGACACCCUGACGGCCCUUGGACGCCUGGCGUUUGUCCUGGAGACCAACAACCCCCGUGAGGCAGAGCAGCUGAAUGAACAGAUUUGGCAGCGCUUGGACUCGCUGGCGCCCAUGGACCGGAAGCGCAGCCGCUGCCGCCAAAGCAAGUUCCUCCUGACCUUAUCCGAAGUCGGAGAGCCUGACCGCGAGGAGGCACUGGUGCGGCAAGUGGUAGAGCGCCGAGGAACAACUCUUGGAGCAACCCACCCUGACACACUCGCCGCCCGCUCGGAGCUUGCGGCCAUCCUUGCCCGCAAGGACACCGAGGAUGCCGCUGCGGAGUCCUUGGCCCUGCGUCGCGAGGUCGCGAACCUCAGUGAGACCUGCCUGGGGCCAGACCACGUGGAGACCUUGGCGGCGAAGGCCGCCCUUGCCGGCGCCAUCCUCCGCUCGCUGGGCCCGGAUGCCAAUGAAGCUGACACCCGAGCUGCACGAGAGGAAGCCGAGUCCCUCCACUUGAAGGCCACCUCGCGGUUCAAGACUGCGCAGGCCCCCACGCUGCCCUCCACCUUCAGCAGCCUCGCAUCCCUCUCCUACCCCUCCCUGUCUUCGCUACCACAGCUCCCGGGGUGUAUCUCUUUACCAGCCGAGGGCAGCAGCAAGAUUGCGGUACUUGCUCAAGGAUAA